CUUCAAAACAGUUGAAUCAUUUCGGCGCCAAAAUUAAAGAUGGCGAUGGCAAAUGAUGGAGAUUGUACGAUACCUUUGAUGGGAUAUGAGGCAAUUACUGCAGCUAUUGCCGAUUCAUCAGAUGGAAAUUUAACUGUUUCAGUUGAGGAUCUAAAGAAAAUAACGUCCGAGAAAGUGAUUGAAAUAUACAAGGCACUACUUUUCUCUUUAUUUGAAAGAGCAUCAGAACAGAUUAGUCAGGCUCCUUAUAGAGAGUUGGCGGAAAGAAUUAAGGAUGGUUGUCUUUAUGAAGAUGCCAUGUUGCUGUCUACAUUAUGUCUUGCACUAAUCAGAGUUUUCCAAGCCUGCUGCAUAAACAGUUUUGGUAUACGUGAUCUUGUGAAUCCUAAACCAAAGCGAACACAUCGGCUGCUUAGCUCGUUGCUGAAUUACAUCAGACAUGUUCAUUCAAAGCAAGAUAUUGUAGAGGAAUCACUAAACUAUGCUUGUGAAUAUGAGCAAAAACGAGCAGAAAUGCUGUCAAAUAGAGAUGAGUUAAUCCAACAAAAUGAAGAUAUUGAAAUUAGGAUUGCUGAGCAGGGUAGCAAGACAGCAAAGCUAAAACCCGAAGCAGAAGCUUGGAGAACACGGCUGAAUGACCUAACCACUUUGCAGAGUGAGAAAAAGAAAGAGUUCGAGGAAGACCAAAGACACUUGACAGACAAAAAAAUUAUAUUGGAUAUUUUGAAAACAGAGAACGACUGGAAUGAAAAGACGCCUGUUGCAAUGGAACGCACAAAUCUCUUGAACAAACUUCAUUAUAAGCGGGUUCAGCUGCAGCAGCUAGACGAGGAUUCAAAAGCUGCUUUGAAACUAAUAACGGGUUUUGACAGUCUCUUGGUGAAAAAUGGAGGGCGAGUGAAAGAUCUGGAGGAAUUUAGAGAUAAGGUUUGUUCAUUGGAACAGGCUUGCCAAAAUGUUGCAGCUCAAAUACAGAAUAUGCGACGACAGUUCAACUCAAAGCGUGACAGGCUUACGAGAAUUCAAUUACAGAGUCGCAAGCGUCUCUCAGCCACAAAUGAGCUGGCAACUUUAGAGCGAAAGAAAAUGUCGUCGAUGAAGACUGAGAUGGAAACUAUGAUAAAAGAGGCUUUGGCAACAGUAGAUGUUGAAUUAAAUGAAAUUUCUGAACUGAUUGAACUGGAAAGACAGGAAUUUGAAGACAAAGCUCAGAAGGCCUCAGACGUCUAUGGACAAAUUUUGGAUGAGCUUGAUGUCUGCCAUCAAAACUAUGCAGGUCGGUGGAAAAAGCUCUUGUCCCACACAUACUCUUAUGACAGAUGAAUAGCUGUUUUACUCCAAUGUAUGUAGAUACAUAUUGUGAGGAACCUUAAAUACAGUUUGGGCCCACAACUUGUAAACAAUGAUAUUACUUUAUUUGUUAAAAUAGUUUUACUUUCUUAACAACAAGCCAUCUGAUUUUAAAACUCAGAAUAUUCAUAAAUAUAUAAAAUAAAUACUGCCUUUUCAGUUUGUAUUAACUAUCUACAAUAAGAUCCACUUCUGUCAGCAUAAUAUUUGGUCUCCAUGUGAAGCAUCCUAAAAUCUAAGUCAGUCAGAUGCAAAGAUUGCAUGGCAUUGACAAAGUUACUGUGAAAAGCUGCUUCCAAUGUAUUUCUCAUGAAUAAAAUCUAAUUUCUUGCUUUUUGGCACCAAUCUGUUACAUCAUUUUCCUUUGAUAAGUGUAUGGCAAUGCUCUGGACCACUGCUUAAAUCAGUGGUGUAUGCCCAAAUUGUGAUGAGUACAAAUGGAAUUGAAAUUAUUGCAAUGACCUUCAGCCAGCUAAAUAUGUUCAUGGUCUGUACGCUAAAAUGAAAACAUGCACUGUUUCAAUUCGUGAUAUAUAAUUUUGGUUCAAUAUCCCACCAAUCUAUAUUCUCCUCAAAAUUUAAUACUUUUGUGCCUUUAUUUUGAAAGGCUGGUUAAAGCAAAGCUCUUGUUUAUUUCAGUAGUCUCUAAUUUUCCAGGUUCCCUAUUAAUCCCUUUGUUCUAAUCCUGCAUGCAGGUUAGAUAAAAGUAAGAACCAAUGCAUUGCAAAUGCAGUCCUGGUAAUAUUAGGCUUGCCUCCAAACAUGCCUAAAACUCCAGAGGCGUGUUUUUUAUCGCACGCGCAGUUUCACGCCUUGAAUUACUAUUCUCUUUCUCUUUUUUUUCUUUUAAUUUCUUUUUUAUCUUCUCUAAAGGAAUUUUUGAUUUCUUUUGUAUGGGUUUUAUUGAUGGCAUUCUCAGAGGCAUUUCAACUCUUCACUUUGUUUCGAUUACUCUGUUUUAGUGUGUCUCCGUUCUCAUUCUCCGUUCUUUUCGUAUUUUCUUGAACACAUUACCUUGGGCCACUCUGUCUUUGUCAAAACGAUAACGUGGGUGUUUCCAUUACUCCAUAUUUGUUUGUUCAUAUCCUUUGCUCGAGCUCUUUUUGAAACUGAGAUUGAAUGACUCAGUUUUUGCAUGCCUCUCUUGUCUUUGCUGUUCCCAAUGAAGGACGCAUAUUCAAAUGAUUCCAUUUCAAAUGACUCCACUUUGAGCAGCCUUUUUGUAUAACUUCCGUUUGGCAUCAAAGGACACCGUUUUUGAGUGUAUUAAUGAAACUCAAAAUCUAAAACAGAUUCACUAGAAUCUGUUCUCAUACGGAAAUGGAGUAAUGGCAACAGGGCAUAAAAACAGUAUCCUUUUUGUUAAAUUGUUUUGUUUUCAAGAAACUUUGUCUAAAAUUGAAUAAAAACAUUUUGGUUUUAUGAAAACUUCAUAUGCUUUUUGAAACACACUUUCUAAUACAAAGAUGACAUCAGGUCUUCAUAAAAAUAGUAAGAUCUCAAUUUUAUGGAUCCCAGGUCAUCGCACGCCAUCGCAUGCCAUCGCACGCCUAAACUUCUCAAGGCGUCCAUUACCAGCAGGCCGCUAAGUUUCAUAUUACGAGGACUGCAAAUGCUUGGAGUUUUAAAUGGCAUUUAGACAUAAAGUAUGAUGUCUUGGUGUUUUCAUUUUAUGACAGCCAGGGUGAAUAAUGUUUUAGCCAACCAGCCAAUUGACCUUUGUCAGCACUCUUUGCAAUUAACAUGCAAAGUCUCUGUGCCAAAACACAGGAGAACAUGUUGAAAAUCUAAAAGCACCUUGAAAGGUUAUUCCUGCUUCUCUGAUAAUCCAGUCCCUCUUUUAAUCCCUUAUUACAUUAGAAUGCUGUAUAUAAAACAACAGUUACCAAUGCUAUGAAUCCCAGGCAAAUGUUACUGUCAUGAAACUGAACAAAAAGUAGGGAUGAAUAAAAUUGUAAAAAAGAGCCUAUUUCUUUUUGUGAAAUAAUUUGCAAUUUAGUUUACCCUUAAAACAAAACCAAAUAUUCUAAGAUAACAAUUUUCAGCAGGCUUGAAGCCAAAGAAAGAAAAAUUAUUUCCAAUGUAAGGUUUACAUACCCAUAUUUGCCUGUUUACAUUGAGUGGAACUUUUGCUUUUUUUGAUGCUAGAUUAACCUUAGUAAAUCCAAUGUUAAACACUGUGCUUCAUUUCAAAGUGAUAUUUUUGUAUCAGAUCAGAUACUUUAACACUCACCUUUUUGCAUCAGUCAGGAGUGUUACAGAAAGCCAUGCCACUACAAUUGCCAAUCCAGUUGCCUCUCUGUUAGAAAAAAACUCAUUUCAUAAAGAAAGAAAGAAAGAAAGAAAGAAAUAAAGAAAGAAAGAAAGAAAGAAAGAAAGAAAGAAAGAAUGAAAGAAUGAAAG